CGGAAACCACCGAGAGGGACCACGACAUCCAACGUUUGAGCAGCGAUUUCUUUACGAGAACUCCCUACAUUUCCUCCUCUACACAUUCUUUGAGAAGCCGCCCUCGGGUAGGGCACGCUCCCACACACAUUACUCACGAUGAGCUCGAAUAAGAAGUCCAGCCUGACAGGGUAUCUUCCGGAUAUCCUCAUGGCUGCCGCUGCUCCCCUACUAGCCUACUUUGUAAUCCGCUCCCUCCUCUCCCGACUCGACCCCGAAGCCGCGCAAAAGGAAGAAGCGAAGCGCAAAGCCAACGCCGCCACGCAAAAACUCGACGCGAUAUUAGCGAACAAGGCGCGGGACUACGACUCCGAGUACGACGACGAGGACGAAGACGGCUCGUAUGGCGGGAGGAAGGGGUCCAGGAGGAGAAGACGGAGUGGUGUGCGGACGGAGGAUCUGCAGCUGAAUAGCUAUGAGCAGACGAUUGCCAUGGAGGUGGUUGCGCCGGAGGAUAUUCCGGUGAGCUUUGAUGACAUCGGCGGCCUCGACGCCAUCAUCGACGACCUCCGCGAAUCCGUCAUCUACCCCCUCACCCACCCAUCCCUCGCCUCCGCCUCCUCCCUCCUCUCCGCGCCCUCGGGCGUCCUUCUCUACGGCCCUCCCGGCUGCGGCAAGACCAUGCUUGCCAAAGCCCUGGCACACGAAUCCGGCGCCUGCUUCAUCAACCUGCACAUCUCGACGCUGACGGAGAAAUGGUACGGCGACAGCAACAAGCUCGUCAACGCCGUCUUCAGCCUGGCGCGGAAACUGCAACCCGCCAUCGUCUUCAUCGACGAGAUCGACGCCGUCCUGGGGACCCGCAGGACGGGGGAGCACGAAGCCAGCGGCAUGGUCAAAGCAGAAUUCAUGACGCACUGGGACGGCCUCUCGUCCUCGCACUCGGGCACCACGACCCCGCAACGCAUCCUCAUCCUCGGCGCCACCAACCGCAUCCAAGACAUCGACGACGCCAUCCUCCGCCGCAUGCCCAAGAAAUUCCCCGUGGGGCUGCCCAACGCCCAGCAGCGCCGCAACAUCUUCCAGCUCGUGCUCCGGGGCACCAAGAUCGACGAGGGGGAUUUUGAUCUAGAUACCUUGGUCCGGCUGAGUGCGGGCUUGUCGGGGAGCGAUAUCAAGGAGGCGUGUAGGGAGGCGGCCAUGGGGCCUGUCAGGGAGGCUAUACGGGAGAAUCGAGAUGCCGUGGCGAGGGCGAAGGGGACUACUGGUCGGAGAGUUAAGAAGGGGCUGCAGGCGAAGGAUAUUAGGGGUGUGAGGACGGAUGAUUUCUUCAGGCAGGAGCGGGAUGCGGCUGCUCUGGCGGCGGCGGCGCAGUUUAAGGAGUUGGAGGAUGUGGUUGGUGAGGUUGUUAAUGUGAGGGAUGGGGGGAGGAGGGUCGUGGAGGAGGAGGGAGAAGAAGAAGUAGAAGGAGAAGAGGAGAGUAAUGCGUCGACUGAGGGGUCGGAGAGUGGGAGUGAGGGGUUGACGACGAGGAGUAGGAGUUAUCGGCGGGGCGAGGAGAUAAGGAGGUGACGAGGGGAAGAAGAAGAAGAUGUUGUUGUUGUUGUUGUUGUUGUUGUUGUUGUUGUUGUUGUUGUUGUUCGUCAACUUGUUUCGGGAUUGGGUGGUGGCUAGAUACCUACGAGAAGUGUUGGGGCCGUGCUUCGCUUCUCCGUGUACUAUGCAUACCUUGAGAGGCUCAGGGUAUUCUUACGGGAAUUGGGGAAAUGCUUCGUUGGAGCCUACGUUGCGUAUCGGCGAUGGGAUAUAUGAUAUCAACGGGUUGGGAAGCCUGGUAUAUAGAGAGAGGGAUAGUAUAUGGCGGUAUCUCCUCU